UAAAAUGAAACUAAACUGCAAACAAAAUUAAAUUUCCUAAAUGGCGUUUUUAUGGGUAUAUAUAUUUCGUUAACGAGCUUCUAUACAGUCAUUUGCAUUUUGCUUGUUCACAUUUUUUAGCUUUGGAAAUAAUUUAUUGGUUAUAUUGUAUCAGAUGUCAAAGGUCACCGUUCGCCAUAUUUCGUUUCACAUCUCUCCAUUACACUGUAAACUGUAACUAAAAACGCAGUUUUGGAUCAUUAGAUAAAUUUUGUGAAAAAAAAUGUGUUCUCUGUGUUGGAGAGGGUCAUAAGUGCGUUUUUGUUAGACUAUGAAGAACCAAAUCCGGAUAACCGUCGUCGGCGACGGCGACACGGGCAAAACCUGCAUGUUGAUAGUUUACAAAGACCGCAAAUUCGACGAACGCUACAUCCCCACCGUCUUCGACGUCUACUCAAUGAACUUAACAAUAAAUAACAAAGAGUACACCAUGAUAUUACAAGACACAGCCGGUCAAGAAGAAUUCGACAAACUCCGACAACUGGCCUAUAAAGACACGGACGUAUUCAUCUUGUGUUACGCAGUGAACGACGCCAAUUCCUGGGAUAACGUCAAGGAAAAAUGGGCGCCGGAAAUACGAAGAUGUUGUCCUAGAGCGAAAUUGAUAUUAGCUGCGACAAAAUGCGAUCUUGAGAGUGAGAGAAUAGUGGACAAGAAAAGUGGCCAGAAACUGGCUAAACUCAUCAAAGCUGACGAUUUUAUUGAGAAUUCCGCAAAGUUGAGAAGGAAUGUCGACGAGACCAUUUGUUUAGCACUUACGGUUUUUAUAAAUGCGCAGAAGACGAACAGAAGGGAAAACACUUGUGUACUACUCUAACGUGUGAUAAAAGUCAAUUUUUAUUAAAAAACUGUGAUAAUAUCCAGAGAAAUAUUUAUUUGAAGGAUUAUUCUUGUCGUCGUAGACUUUUAUGUGUCCUUAGAUGUCUUUACAACCUAACUGCAAUAAAAUUCUACUAAAGCUUAAUACACAGCCUUUGACAUU